AUGGAUGCGGAUGAUUCAAAUAAUGCUCGAAAAAGAAAAAACUCGAUAGAUGACUCCACUUAUGAGGAUGAAGUAGAAAAAAGAAAACAAAAAAGGAAAGAAUAUGAUAAUCGAUACAGAGAGAAACACCCACAUAAGUCAGACUUGGCGAAACAAGCGAACAAAGAUUAUUGUAAACGAUACAGAGAUAAACGAAGAACGUUAAAUUUAUUAUCAACUGACCAAACUCUUGUACAACAAAGUGUACCUCCUCAAAUCGCUGGUACAUCUACCAGAGAUGUGCCUUAUGUACCUCGGACAGCAAUAUAUUCGUCUGGUCCAUUUACCACAGAUGAUAUACAUUCAGAAAUCAUACACAACGAUCAAAUUACAGGUCCACCAAGCCAUUCUGACGACAAUACUCCUAUUCACAAUGUCGGGGAUAUAAUAGUUCCAAGUCAACCUCCCUCUCAGAUUGUAAAUGCUUCCUUACCUAAUGUGCAGGUUCAAACAUACUCUGCUUUUCAACGAAAUUUCUCUGCGCAUCGAGAUUUUCAGAAAGAUUUCGUUGCAAAUGAAUUCGGCUUUGCUUGUGAUGUUUGCGACAGACUAUCAUUGCUUUCAAACACUGCUUUACCGGAAAUUAAAUUAUGUUCAACUUGCAACGCAGCAAUUAAAAAGCAACGUAUUCCACCGAUGUCUGUUUACAAUGGAUUCAAAUAUCCACCUGUUCCUGCAUCUCUGAAAGACUUUCCUUUAGACUUGGUAACCGAAAGGUUAAUAUCUCCAAGAAUUCCGUUCAUGCAAAUUCGUAGACUGCGACAUGUACAUGGUCAAUAUGGAAUUUAUGGACAGGUCAUUAAUGUUCCAAUUGAAGUGAAUACAAUGGUUAAUGUGUUGCCAAGGCAAGUAGAUGAUGAUUAUGCCAUCACUGUUCAUAUUAAACGGAAAAAAAUUCACAAAUCUAGUUACGUCUAUGGUAUAGUAAGGAAAAGAAGCAUAAAAGUUUGGUUACGAUAUUUGAAAGACACUCCUCUUUACACUUCCUACGAUGUUGCACUUGAUGAUCGUUUUUUGAAUGACAACAAUGAAUGCGAAGUUGCAGAUGAUAUUGUCUUUGAUGAAGAUGGCGACAAUGACAUUUUAGAACAGAUACCAAUUGGCGAAAGUUUAAUAGCUCAGCAACAAACAUUGAUGUGGGACGAAAAUAUGUACUUGAGCAUUGCUCCUGGAGAAGGAAACGUUCCAAUCAGUCUGCUAUUCGAUGAGCACGCUGAAGAAUUAUCUUUUCCACAAAUAUAUUUGGGACAAUUUAGGCAAUUCCGUGAUGGUGUGGUUGCCACAGCUUUCAUGAUGGCAACCAGUGAACUUAGGAGAUCUGAUAGACGAGGUGUAACCCCUCAACACUUGCUAUACAUGACGAUGAAAAUCAUGAGGUUUCGAAUCAAACAGUCUCUUUCUAUAGCAUUCAGACAUGUUGGCCAAGGUAUUGCAAUCACUAAAGAGCAAAUACAGUCAGACGAUUAUAUGCAUGACUGCAUUGAGACCAAUUUGGCAUUUCUUCGCUCAAUUCCGAAUUCAGCAUAUUAUUGGGCAGAAAGAAAAAGAGAUCUUUUUGCAAUGAUUCGACAAUAUGGUAAGCCUACUGUUUUCUUUACUAUAAGCGCCAAUGAAAUCGGAUGGCCAAAGUUAUUGCAAUUGUUGCAUAAUUUGAAAAACAAUUCGGAAAUAUCUGCAGAACAAGCUGCUGAAUUGCAUUACAUUGAAAAAAGUACUCUCAUUAAUGAAGACGCGGUAACUUGCGCUAUUUAUUUUAACAAGCUAGUCAAUGUUAUUAUGAAAAUAUUACAAUCUAAAAGGUUUAGUCCUUUUAAACAAUACAGAGUUUUGCAUUACUUCAAAAGAAUUGAAUUUCAACACAGAGGUAGUCCACAUGCACAUAUUUUAGCGUGGUUAGAUAAUGCUCCUGAAGAUGCUCUUGACAAGGAUUACAAUAAAGCCAUCGAUCUCAUAAAUUUUUUGAUAUCAGUAUCAGCCACCGAAGCUUCUGGUAAUAUUAAAUUACAAACUCAUAGGCAUUCUUUUACCUGCUAUAAAGGAAUAGCAUCGCGAAGACAACAAAAAUGUAGAUUUGAUGCUCCAUUUUUGCCUGUUAAGGAAACAAUGAUUUUAACACCUAUGAAAGAUACAGAAGAUUGUUUCCAACACUACAAGGUGAAAUACAAUUCAGUCCGUAAAAAUUUCGAAAUCUAUGACUACGAUGAUUUUGCAUCAUUUUACAGUGAAAAUGAUAUUGAUUCAGAUGAGGAAUACGUAAGGAUAAUUCGAGCGGGAAUUAAUAGACCACAAGUUUUUAUAAAAAUAGAACCUUCGGAAAAAUGGCAUAAUCCUUUCAAUCCAUUCAUUUUCGAUGUUGUAAAAGCUAAUACUGAUUUUCAAUUUAUUACUGAAGAAUACUCUUGUGCAGCUUACGUAGUAGAAUACGUAAAUAAGACUAAUAGGGGCGUUAGCAAUUUGCAAAGAAAAAUCAUCGAGGUUAUGGAUGAACAUCCUGAAUUCAAUAUUUUUGAAAUUACUAAACAUCUUAGUAUCCAUCUUUUGAACCAGACUGAGAUGACCAGUCAAGAAGCUGCAUGGUAUCUAUUGAGGGAGCCGAUGUCAAAAAGUUCAACUGCGAUCGAAUUUAUACCGACUAUAUGGCCAAUCGAAAGACACAGAGUAAAGAAGACAAUGAAGCAAUUGAGUGAACUUGAAGACGAUUCGAUAGAUAUAUGGAAAGAAAAUUGGUUCGACAAAUAUGAGAAAAGACCCGAUGCUAUACAAAAUGUUUCUCUUGCUCAGUUUGUUUCUAAAUAUUACAAAAAUAACAAAGGUGAAAAUGUAGAACGAGAAGAACCAAAAGUCAUACGAUAUCGUAAUUAUGACAUGGCUACAGACUACAAUGAAUACAGGAGAGAAAUGGUUACUUUGCACAUGCCGUUCCGACACGAAGAAGCUGAAAUUAUUGCGGAAAUGCGGUAUAUUCAGCUAUAUGAUGAAAAUGAAGCACUUAUACUUGAGAGAAGAAAAGAGUUCGAAUCAAAUCUGGAUAUCCGAAAGACGCUGGAGAUCUGCAGAGAGUUAUGUCGCGAAGAUAUUAACAUUGAUGGAGAGGAAAUAAAUGAGGUUGUUGGUAGAAUACCUGAUGAAAAUCCAUUUGCCGAAUUGUAUGAUAAUCCAAAUGCCGAUUUAAAUGAUGAUCUACGACUUGCGCUAUUUGAUAAGCUUGGGGCCAUCGCUAAAAAAAAAAAAAACAUUUUACCAUAUGAAGAAUUUUAUGAACUUAUACGCAAGGCUAACGAAGAACAGCGAGAAAUUUUGUUUCACACUAUGCAUCACUUGAUAUCGAAAACCGGAGACAUGAAAGAUCCAUUGCUCGUGUAUUUGACUGGACCAGCUGGAAGUGGUAAAACAUUCGUAAUAAAAGCGCUUAUGGAAAUUUACAAUAGAUUUUCGGAUACUGAUGGAAUUUUUAUUGCAUAUAUUGCUUGUGCUUCAACCGGAAAAGCUGCUACAGCCAUAGGUGGCACAACGGUGCAUAAUGCUUUAAGUAUAACACUGUCAAGCAUGGUUUCUGCAGAAUUAUUACAGCAAAUUGACGCACGUCUGAGGCAAAUAACUGGCUUGCUUCAAAAAGAUUUUGGUGGAUUGGAUGUAAUCCUUAUCGGAGAUUUGCGUCAAUUGCCCCCUGUAAAAGCUACGCCAAUCUUCAAGCAAACUAAAAACAGAAUUUCAGCCGAAACACCUUGGCGAAAAUUCAAACAAUUUGAACUCAAGAAAGUAAUGCGACAAGAAAAUAGACUAUUUUCUUCGAUUUUAACGAAAAUAGGAGAUGGAACUAUUUUAACUGAAGAAGAAUUGAACGUGAUUGAAUCUAGAUUUGUUACUAAAGAAUAUGCGCAAUCUGUAUGUCCGGAAGGAACAAGACUUAUGUUUACAAAUAUUGCUGUCAACGAAUACAACAAUACAAUUUUGAAUAGUUAUCAAAAUAAAAUUAUUUCAUUGGCAUCGGAUGUUUUCGUUGGCUGUCAUAAUGCCGACCAAGAAGCUUAUGUUAGACAAAAGUUACACAAAAUGAAACCGGACGAGACCGGCAGCUUACCAUACGAAUUAAUUCUAGUUCCCAACCGGCCUUAUAUGAUAACUACAAAUAUUGAUGUAGCUGAUGGUUUAUCUAAUGGCACUGUAGGUACAUUAAUUCAUAUUGAAUUAAAUGAAAAUGAUGAAAUUACAAGAAUUUGGUUAAAGUUUCCAAAAUCUGCUGGUCAAAAGCGCAAAAUUAAGGCAAGAAAUGACACUGAACGCUUGGGAAUCGACAGAGAUGCUGUGCCAAUUUCUGCUCAAACAUCAUCAAUACCACUUAACAACAACAAAACUAUAGUGGCGAAAAGAAAACAUUUUCCACUAGUUUCGGCUUUGGCUAUGACGAUUCACAAGUCUCAGGGAGGUACUUUUGAUGCUAUUGUUUAUGAAUACAGUCGUUCUCACUCAAGAGAAUUGGUUUACGUAGCCUUAUCAAGAGUAACUAAUAUAGAAGGUUUGUUCUUACUAACUAAAGAAGAUACAGGAGCGAGCUGGAAAUUUCAUCAUGGCAGAGUAGGAAACGCACCGACUGAUGAUUCAAACACAAGCAAAAACCAAAAGAGAUCUACAACUCAUCGAGAUGAUUUAUCCAUCGAACUGAAACGAUUACAUGACAAUAACUUACAAACUGUUACUAAAACAUUUAUUGAUUUCAUUUCUACAAAAAAACGGUUAUCUAUUUUUUCAUUCAAUUGUCAAAGCUUACGACGACAUGUACAUGACCUAUCAGUUGAUGCUCUUGUUGAGAAAAUGAGUGUGUUAAUAUUAUCAGAAACUCAUGUGAGUAACGAAGAAACCAUUGACAUUCCAAAUUUAAACUUUAUAGCAAGUUUCAAAAGAGACAAUCGUCCAGCAGGUGGGGUGGCUAUUUAUCAUCGGUCCAAUGAUACUAUGGCCACAUUUUCUACAGAUCAUAUGGAAGUGCAUGCGAGAUAUACCAGUAUGUUUAGCACUAAUGUUUCGAAUAUUGGUGAUAUAUGUAUUUCCCAAUGCCAUUCUAAUGGACAAACAAUAAUAAUGGCUGCCGUUUAUAUUUCACCAAAACAGUCUUUACAAGCAAUACGAGAGUUCUUGUAUUCAAAUUUAUUCAUUUAUUCUAAAGCUGCUUCCGCAAUAUUUAUGAUGAAAAUUAAUAGAAGAUUUGAUCAUUAUACUAUGAUUUUGAGUGGAGAUUUCAACAUAAACUUUGCAGAUGUCAAAAAUCAAUCAUUAAUUGAAUUUUUAUAUCAAGAAUUUGAUUUAACGAUGUCCAAUGAUCGCAAUCUUAGCACAACAAAAUACAAAACUACUAUUGAUGCAGUAUUCACAAGAUAUAUAAAUAGAUUUAAAUCAAAAUUGUUUAUUUCAUACUUUAGUUACCAUAGACCUAUUGUAUCAGUUUUAGAAUUUGAUGAAAAUCCUGAUAAUAAUGAUGAAAAUGCUGAUAAUGAUGAUGUAAGAGUUGUUGAAAUUAUGGAUGAGAACUGA